AUGAAGAUAAGGACAACGAAACGGGAAGUUUACGAGCCCAAUCCCUGCGAGAAUGGGGCAGCCUGCCUCAAUGUUCUGGCCGACGAAUCCUUCUCAUGUGAGUGUUGCACUGGCUUUUCAGGACCUAAACUUGUCUUAAUAGUGUGGAGGUUGGUAACAGCAGAUGGUGAGGAGGAGACGACUUCAGCAGGACCUUGCCAUCCGAACCCAUGCCACAACAGAGGAAUAUGUGAAAUCAGUGAAACCUACAGAGGCGACACGUUCAUAGGUUACGUCUGCAAGUGUCCAACCGGCUUCAACGGGAUCCACUGCCAACACAAUGUUAACGAAUGCGAGAAAGAACCUUGUAAAAAUGGGGGCAUCUGCACAGAUCUGGUUGCCAACUACUCUUGCGAAUGCCCUGGGGAGUACAUGGGAAGGAACUGCCAAUACAAAUGCUCUGGACCACUGGGCAUGGAGGGGGGCAUCAUCUCCAACCAGCAGAUAACAGCCUCGUCCACCCACCGUGCUCUGUUCGGCCUGCAGAAAUGGUACCCCUACUUUGCCCGGCUCAACAAGAAGGGCCUGGUCAACGCCUGGACGGCUGCCGAGAACGACAGAUGGCCCUGGAUCCAGAUUAACCUACAGAGGAGGAUGCGGGUCACCGGACUAAUUACCCAGGGUGCAAAGCGUAUCGGCAGCCCAGAGUACGUCAAGUCUUACAAAGUGGCCUCCAGUGACGAUGGCAAGACCUGGAGGACAUACAAAGUCAAGGGCACAGAUGAGGACAUGAUAUUCCGUGGAAAUGUGGAGAACAACGCUCCCUCUGCCAACUCCUUCACCCCUCCCAUUGAAGCACAGUACGUGCGCAUCUACCCCCAGGUCUGUAGGAGACACUGCACCCUGCGCAUGGAACUGCUCGGCUGUGAGCUCACAGGCUGCUCUGAGCCCAUGGGGAUGAAGUCUGGCCACAUCCAGGACUACCAGGUCACAGCGUCCAGCCUCUUUAGAACACUCAACAUGGACAUGUUCACCUGGGAGCCCGGCAAGGCCCGUCUUGACAAACAGGGCAAGGUCAAUGCCUGGACGUCUGGACACAGUGACCAAUCCCAGUGGCUACAGGUUGACAUGCUCCUGCCUACUAAAAUUACCGGCAUCAUCACCCAGGGGGCGAAGGACUUUGGCCAUGUCCAGUUCGUGGGCUCCUACAAGGUGGCCUACAGCAACGAUGGAGAGAGGUGGCUCGUAUAUCAAGAUGAAAAACAGAGGAAGGACAAGGUGUUCCAAGGAAACUUUGACAAUGACACGCACAGAAAGAACGUGAUAGAUCCGCCCAUCUACGCCCGAUUUGUCCGGAUCCUUCCAUGGUCGUGGUACGGAAGGAUCACUUUGCGUGCAGAGUUACUGGGAUGCACAGAGGAAGAGUGA